AUGGCGCGUUCUCGGCACGCAGGUGUCCUGAGCCAUUCCGUUUGCAAUGCAAGUCUCCUCUCAUCUCUCAGAUGUUUUCAUUCAUCCACGCGUUAUGUCAGUGAUCAUGCACGCGUCGUCGAUGAUCUGGCCGCGUCUUUCGCAGACGCAUAUCCAUCUGCAUCAACAACAUCUGCAUCUGUGCCUGCAUCGUCAGCAUCAUCAUCCAUGCCGCAGUAUACAUAUAAGAGACCACACGGAGUUGUUCAGCGUGCUAUCCAGACAAUACUGAAGCAGUCACCGUAUACACAUGCAAUUCCCACAAUGCAUUAUGUGACCAAGUCACACUUAGUCGAUAAACUUUUACCACCUGCUUUGGCCCAUACAAACACGCUGGGCGGCAUUGUUGGUCUAGAUCUCGAGUGGAAUUUUGGUCUUCGUAUGGGGAAAACGGCCGUUGCCCAACUUGCGACUGCGAAUGACAUAUUUGUCAUUCAUCUUUCGCAGAUGAAGCGCCUUCCUGAUACCCUAGUGGCUAUGCUUCAAGAUCCACACAUUCUAAAAUCCGGUGUUGCAGUUCGACAGGAUCUUAGCAAGCUGCAGCGCGACUUUGGGAUUGAGACAUGUGGCGCGUUGGAGCUCAGCCGUAUUGCGUGGAAGCUCGAUCCUGAGCGAUGGAAUGGUCGCCGCGCACUUAUUAGCCUACGGGACUUGUGCGCUGCAUACCUUGGCUGCGACUUGGCCAAAGGACCAACGCGCACAAGCUCAUGGACACAAGUACCGCUCACCAACGAGCAAAUCACGUACGCCGCAUCAGAUGCAUAUGUCUCGUUGGAACUAGCGCAUGCCAUGCUUCUUGAUGCGCAUGCCAAGCGACCCAUGUCUUCCGAAGAUGCGCAGAAGCUGUUGACUGAAGUAUCGCAAGCCAAAGGCCGGCGCGUGGCUGCGCGGCCAAGGCUCGCAAACCUGGCAUCGGCUACGAACAGAGUUCUCUCACCCAUCCAUGCACUACAUUGUUGUGCGCUAUGCAUACGGCUUCGUAAAGCAGGGUGUGUUUACAUAUCCUGA